AUGGGGGUCGCAUCUGUCUGGGCCUCCAGCCUUCUGGUGCUGAGACUGUUGCUCCUAGUGACUGGGGAUCAGGACACACAGGAUACCACUACCAUGGAAAAGGGGCUUCACAUGCUGAAGUCAGGGUCGGGACCCAUCCGUGCUGCCCUGGCAGAGUUGGUAGCCCUACCCUGCCUCUUUACCUGGAAGCCACUGCUAGGCACCCUUCGAGACAUUCCUCGGAUCAAGUGGACCAAGGUUCGGACUGCAUCAGGCCAGCGACAGGAUUUGCCCAUUUUGGUGGCCAAGGACAAUGUGGUGCGUGUGGCCAAGGACUGGCAGGGACGGGUGUCAUUGCCUGCUUACCCCCGGCACAGAACUAACGCUACCCUUCUGUUGGGGCCGCUUCGGGCCAGCGACUCUGGGCUGUAUCGCUGCCAAGUAGUGAGAGGUAUUGAGGAUGAGCAGGAUCUGGCAACCCUGGAGGUGACAGGAGUCGUGUUCCACUACCGGGCUGCCCGGGACCGCUAUGCGCUGACCUUCACUGAGGCCCAGGAGGCCUGCCGCCUAAGCUCUGCCACCAUCGCCGCCCCAAGGCACCUGCAGGCUGCCUUCGAAGAUGGCUUUGACAACUGCGACGCGGGCUGGCUCUCAGACCGCACGGUUCGGUAUCCAAUCACUCAGUCGCGUCCUGGUUGCUAUGGUGACCGCAGCAGUCAGCCAGGGGUUCGGAGCUAUGGGAGACGUGACCCACAGGAACUCUACGAUGUCUACUGCUUUGCCCGAGAGCUAGGGGGCGAGGUCUUCUACGUGGGCCCCGCCCGCCGACUGACCCUGGCAGGUGCGCGGGCACAAUGCCAGCGGCAGGGUGCGGCGCUAGCCUCGGUGGGGCAGUUGCACUUGGCCUGGCAUGAGGGCCUGGACCAGUGUGACCCCGGAUGGCUGGCAGACGGCAGCGUGCGCUACCCGAUCCAGACGCCGCGCCGGCGUUGUGGGGGCCCAGCCCCGGGUGUGCGCACUGUAUACCGCUUUGCCAACCGCACUGGCUUUCCUGCGCCUGGAGCACGCUUUGACGCCUACUGCUUCCGAGCUCAUCACCUUACCCCACAACACAGAGACCCAGAGAUCCCCUCUUCUGGAGAUGAGGGGGAGAUUGUGUCAGCGGAGGGGCCCCCAGCCCAAGAACUAGAGCCCAGUCUGAGGGAGGAGGAGAAGGCAGCACCCGACCUCCAGGAGCCUCUCAUGUCCAGUGGAGAAGAUGAAGCCCUGGACUCGACAUGGACACAAGAGCCUCGGAAGACCCUUGGCCCUACCCCAGGGGGUCCCACACUGGCUUCAUGGCUGCUUGCAGGUGCCACAAGCUCCACAGGUGUCCCCAGCCCCAGCAGCAUGGCCGUGGAUAUGGCAGAGACAACACUCUCAGGCACACAGGUGACCUCCACCUCCAUGGCGAAGAGGGGCCGCUUCAAAGGGUUAAAUGGUCGACACUUCCAGCAACAGGGCCCAACAGGCCAACUGCUUGGAACAGCAGAGGCCAGUGCCCAACUUUCUACUCUGGAAUUUACUGCUGGUCCCCUGGGGCCUUCUGUAUCCAAGGAAGUCUCAGAGAGUGACCAGAGCCAUGGUCACAGUCCCUGGGCCAUUCUGACCAAUGAAGUAGAUGUGCCAGGGGCAGGUUCCCUUGGCAGCAGGAGUCCGCCAGAGUCCUGGAUGUGGUCCCCGUCUUCAAUCUCACCUACUGUCAGGAGCACUGAGAAUGGCCCUGGCCUGAAGCCAAGGACAGCUGAAGCCCCCAGUGUGAAAUCAACCACCCACCACCUGCCCUGGUCUCCCUCGGGGCCCUCUCUCCCUUCCUCCAGUCCUGCAGAGGCCCCAACUGUUGCCUUCCCUGAGGCACCCCCUGAUGGCACCUCUCCAGACUUCCCCUUUGUAGCCAUGCUUCGUGCCCCCAAAUUGUGGCUACUGCCACACUCCACAUUUGUCCCCAUUGUGACCCCCAUUCUGCCCUCCCCAGCUUCCCCACAGGAUAGGGGUGACACCACUGCCAGGCCUGUCAGCCUUGGAGCUGAAAACCUCGAAAUGCUGUCUCAGACCACCAGGGAUGCCCCAGUUGAAGCCAACCACAAAUCCCCUGCUGCAGAUUCUAGAGAAAUCGGGGGGAUCAGCUCCAUCCAGGCUCCCAAGCACCCCAUCUCUGGCCAGUGGGUGUCCUUGAACUCUAGUAAUGUGACUACCAAUCCUGUAUCCUCUGAUGCUGGCAUCCUGGGGACUGAGUCUGAGGUCUUGGACAUAUCAAGGAGUCCCACAUCUAGUGGACAGGCCACUGUAGGCAAGGUGCUGGCCACCUGGCUACCACUGUCCAGCCAAGAACUGGACUCACUGUUGGGAGACCAUGGAGUCACCGUGAGCAUGGAACCUACAGUGGCUUUGGCAGGAGGCACCACCAAGGGCCCUCUAAAGGCCAUCAUGGAACUGGUCCCUAGAGGUGCUGAUGCCACUUGGGGGUCUGAACCCAAAAGUUCCUUUUCUAGCACCCAUGUGGCUGUGAGUUCAAGUAUGAACCAAGGGACCAUAACUGGGGCCCAAGAUAUGCCCACAGAGGCCUCCACAAGCUCCGAAGGUCACCCAGAGCUGCAGGACCAGACAGUAGCCCAGGGGUCACCAGGGCCUCCUAGCAGUCCGCCUUCUCUUCUGUGGUCAUCCCUGACCUCCAACACGGAUGAAGCGGCCUUGGUCUCCUCAGGGGAACCCACUGGGAUGUGGGACACCCCCAGCACCCUAACACCUGUGUCCUUGGGCUUGAAAGAAUCAGAUCUGAAUGUUGUGGCCAAGAGUCCAGGAUUGGAGGACUUCUGGGAAGAGGUGGCCAGCGGGCAGGAGGACUCUACAGAUCCCUGUGAGAACAACCCUUGCCUGCACGGGGGCACCUGUCGAACCAACGGCACCAUGUACGGCUGUAGUUGUGAUCAGGGCUAUGCCGGGGAGAACUGUGAAAUUGACAUUGACGACUGCUUGUGCAGCCCCUGCGAGAAUGGAGGCACCUGCAUUGAUGGGGUGAAUGGCUUCACCUGCCUCUGCCUCCCCAGCUAUGGGGGCAGCCUAUGCGAGAAGGAUACAGAGGGCUGUGACCGUGGCUGGCACAAAUUCCAGGGUCACUGCUACAGGUACUUUGCCCAUCGGCGUGCCUGGGAGGAUGCAGAGAGAGACUGCAGACGCCGGGCUGGCCACCUGACAAGUGUCCACUCACCAGAAGAGCACAAGUUCAUUAACGGUUUUGGCCAUGAGAACUCGUGGAUCGGUCUGAAUGACAGGACAGUGGAGAGGGACUUCCAGUGGACAGACAACACAGGACUGCAAUAUGAGAACUGGAGGGAGAAUCAGCCAGACAACUUCUUCGCGGGUGGAGAGGACUGUGUGGUGAUGGUGGCACACGAGAGUGGGCGCUGGAAUGAUGUCCCCUGCAACUACAACCUCCCCUAUGUCUGCAAGAAGGGCACAGUGCUCUGUGGUCCCCCUCCAGCAGUGGAGAACGCCUCUCUUGUCGGUGUGCGCAAAGCCAAGUACAGUGUUCACGCCACGGUGCGGUACCAGUGUGACGAAGGGUUCUCCCAGCAUCACAUAGCCACUAUCCGCUGCCGGAGCAAUGGAAAGUGGGACCGGCCCCAGAUUGUCUGCACCAAACCCAGGCGAUCACAUCGGAUGCGUAGACACCACCACCGCCAGCACCGACAUCACAAUCCCCGCAAGGAGCACAGAAAACACAAAAGACACCCAGCGGAAAACUGGGAGAAGGACGAGGGGGAUUUCUGCUGAAAACCCAGGCUAAGCAAGCACACACUCCCACACCUCUUCCAGAGCAUUCUCCUGGGAAGCCAGAACCCAGACACCCACGGAAGAGAGGGUGGGAACACCCCUGAGACCCACACCCCUGCAGUCCUCUGUACAAAGCUCAGAUCCCCCCUUCCUUCCCUCCUGAGGUCCUCCUGGGAGUGACCAGGGUGGUCAGGCUGAGCCUCUAGGAGUAUCUCCCAGUCACAGGAGAGGGGAUCCUGGAGACUGGCUGCUAAACUUCCAAGAGGGGGCAAUGGUAUGUCUGUGUGUGUGUUCUGGGAGUAGCUUUCACACCAGAGAUUCAGGCUUAGUAAACGGUGAACCAUCCUAAAUCCAGGGUGAAGCUUUGACUCAAGGUCACUGGAUUUGAAAGUGAGGCUCAGAAGACCACAGUGCAAACAUGGCCUGUUCUAUCUUCACCUGGGAUUGACCCCAAGGGCGGUCUUUGAUCUGUGUGGCUUUCUUUCUUCUUCCUUCCCCCAACCCUCCAUCUCCCCCAUCCCCAUAGACUAGCCUGGCCUUGAACUCACUGUUGCAGCCAAGGAUGAUUCUCUUGCUAUGCACCACCAUGCCCGCCCGGUUCAUUUGGUGCUGCAGACGGGACCCAGGGCCUCAUGAGUACAGCAAGUGCUCUCUUUACUAACUAAGCCCUGGUCUUUGGUCUUGGUGCAUAAUCUAGUGUGGACCUCUGUGUGCUGAAGUUUAGUGAUGUCUCUUAGAGCCACUGGCCUCCUCAGCUUCUGGGGGGAGAUUACUCAGAGCAGUAGGGAGGGGCAGUAUAUUGCUGGCCUCCCUCCAGGUCAAGUGGGGUGCUGAGCCACAGUGCUUUUGUUUUGAGACAGGGCUUCACUGUGCAGCCCUGGCUAGCCUGGAAAUUGCUAUGUAGACCAGGCUGGCCUGGAACUCAGCGAUUUGCCUGCCUCUGCUUUCUGGGAUUACCGUGCCUGGCCUUCUCUUGUUUAUUGACAUAGGAUCUCAUUCUAUAACCCAGGCUGGAUUUCAGCCCACAGCAAUCCUUUCUCAGGCAUCUGAGUGCUGGGAUGACAGACAUACACUGUCGUGUGGUGGUUUCAUGGGUUUGUGAUGACAAUCUCUCACACCCAUGUGUAUAGAAAUGUGGUCUGGCUGCCACUGCCUUCCUCGCCUUCCAUCUCUCAGGGAGACAGAUAACCUCCUGCCUGGACCAAACCCUUUCUGCAGACCUCAGUAAAUCCCCUGCCUUAGGCCCUACCCCUGCCCUGCCGCCUCCUAUCCCCACACCUUGUCAGGGGGCUCCUUGUGGUCCCGUUGUAGAGAGGAGUGGUGUUAGGUGUUAGAAGUGACACACACACACACACAUUCGUCUCACACUUGUAAGAUGUGAUAGAGCCCACUUAUACUCCCUCUUCCCAUUUGCACCUCAGAAAAGACUUCCCCAAGCCAGGGGUGGGGUUCAUCACCCAGAGGGGCCAGAGAUUGUCUCCACUUUCAGGCCCUCCAGUCUGGGUUUAAAACCUGUGAAUUUGUGUUAAAACCACCGCGUGGAGCUUGACCACAGCUCAGCCGAUAAAGAUGCUAGCAGAAUAAGCCUAAAGAAGCAGUUUAAUCUCUGCAACCCAUGUUUCAGAAAAGAAAAGCCAGGUGGAGUGACAUGAAUCAAUCUGUAAUCCCAGUAUUCGUAUUGUGAGAGGCGGGCAGAGACAGCAAGUUUGUGAGCCAGCUGGCCUGGAGGGUGUAGCAUGGCAGAAACAAGUGGAAGGCCAGAGCCAGCUCCUAAAGGUCAUGUGACCUUCACAUGCAACGCGAGCAAGCACAAGCCCCCACCCGUACAAACCCAGCACCACACACACUGCACAAGCACAAAGUAAGUAAGAUUUUCAAAAUGUGUGGGACCUGGUCUGGAAGGGCAGGGGCAAGUGCUUAGCCAGACCUGCACAAGGUCCUGGGUUCCUUCCCCAGCUCUUCCUAAGCAAGUGUAUGUAUGGCCUACUCAAUGGAUCAAUAUGAAUGGAACUGUGUUUACUGAGCCUUCAUCCCUCAUGGAGGGUAAUGAGAGCCUGGGGCAGUUACUGAGUAAAAGUCACCCAAGUCGUUGUAUCAUUGCCCUCGAUUCCUCUCGGCAGCCUAGGUGGCCCUUGGUCUCCCUUUUUACACAUGAAGGUAGUGAGGUUUCAAUACUAGAGGAAGGAUUUUGUUCUGUGCAUUGUAAUUAGUGUAAAGUUGCUUUGCUUUUUAAACAGGGCCUCAUGUAUCCCAGGUUGGCCUGGAUGUACUGUGCAGCUAAGGAUGACCUUAAAUUCCUGAUUUUCCUGCCUCAGUUUCCCAAGUGCUGGAAUGAUAGGUGUGCACCACUAUAGUUGGUAUAUACAGUACUAGGAAUGGAACCCAGAGUUUUGUGCAUACUACCUAAGCUGCAGGCACUACACCCACUGAGCUGCAAGCACUGCACCCACUGAGCUGCAAGUACUCUACCCACUGAGCUGCAAGCACUCUAUCCACUGAGCUGCA